UAUAUUUUAUAAUUUAAAUCUGAAGAUACCAUAUUCAUCCAAAUCUAGUAGUAUUUGUUUUCCAUUUUACACAACACAACCCACACUCCUGUCUCUUCAAUCGUUUGAGUUUGAGUUUGAAUUUGAUUUGGACGAGGUUGGAGGUUUGCAAUUUCCUUCGGUUGUGACCUGUGAAUCCGAUUGUAUUCUGAAUUAGGGUUUAAGCUUUACACACAGAGAUGGGUAGCCCCUCGAAGAAGAACGAAAGUAAGGGGUUUUUCGCCGCCGUGUCUUCCAUGUUCACCAGCGCUGUCAACCGAUCGGUCAACGGGCUUAGUGUAGAAGUCAUAAAUCCAGAGGGAGGUAAAGAAGAUUCGGAGGAGGAAGCUCAGAGAGGAAGAUGGAAACAGGAGGAAAGAGAUGGUUACUGGAAGAUGAUGCAGAAGUAUAUUGGCUCGGAUGUAACAUCAAUGGUGACACUACCAGUUAUUAUAUUUGAACCAAUGACUAUGAUUCAGAAAAUUGCUGAGUUGAUGGAGUACUCCUACUUGUUAGAUCAAGCAGAUGAAUCAGAGGAUCCAUACAUGCAGUUAGUUUAUGCAACAUCAUGGGCCAUAUCGGUGUACUUUGCGUACCAACGAACCUGGAAGCCUUUUAAUCCUAUCCUUGGAGAGACUUAUGAAAUGGUUAACCAUGGUGGAAUUACAUUUCUUGCUGAACAGGUGAGUCAUCAUCCCCCAAUGAGUGCUGCGCAUGCCGAGAAUGAGCAUUUUACAUAUGAUGUGACUUCAAAGUUGAAAACUAAGUUUUUGGGAAAUUCUGUUGAUGUUUACCCUGUUGGAAGAACUCGUGUGACCCUUAAGAGAGAUGGUGUUGUCUUAGAUUUGGUGCCACCUCCUACAAAGGUUAACAACCUCAUAUUUGGCCGAACUUGGAUUGAUUCACCUGGGGAAAUGAUAAUGACAAAUUUGACAACUGGAGACAAAGCUGUACUAUAUUUUCAACCAUGUGGAUGGUUUGGUGCUGGUCGAUAUGAAGUGGAUGGAUAUAUUUAUAAUUCUUCCGAGGAGCCUAAAAUAUUAAUGACAGGGAAGUGGAAUGAGUCAAUGAGUUAUCAGCCCUGUGAUUCAGAAGGAGAGCCUCUUCCAAACACAGAAUUGAAAGAGGUUUGGCAUGUUGCUGAUGUUCCCCAGAAUGACAAAUUUCAGUAUACACAUUUUGCUCAUAAAAUAAACAGCUUUGACACUGCCCCUAAAAAGUUGUUGGCGUCAGAUUCUCGUCUACGCCCAGAUAGAUAUGCACUCGAGAUGGGCGAUCUGUCAAAAUCUGGGGCAGAAAAGAGCAGUUUGGAGGAGAGGCAGCGUGCUGAAAAGAGAAGCCGAGAGGAGAAAGGGCAUAGCUUCACACCAAGAUGGUUUGAUUUAACUGAAGAAGUGACACCAACUCCUUGGGGUGAUUUGGAAAUCUAUCAAUAUAAUGGUAAAUACACUGAACAUCGGGCUGCUGCAGAUAACUCGGGAAGCAUUGAUGAUGUUGAUGUUAAAUCAAUUGAAUUUAAUCCAUGGCAGUAUGGUAAUUUGGUCACGGAAUGAACUAGUUUCAAUUUGCUUUUGGUUUUUGGAUGCUACAGCUAGUUCAUGUAACUUUUUUAUUGAUACAUAGAAUAAAUCUUUUUUUUGUGUGUGGUUUUGUUUGCUUGUGUACGUUGUAAUAUCUGCAGUUCUCUUUCUGCCUAGGUUAGUAUUUUGAUUCCAUCACGCAGAAUGUUCUUUUGUUUUGAAUGGAUGGAAAACGUAAGAGUUACCUUGAACUUGUAUA